UGGUUCAUUGUUCAGUGGAAAUAAUGCGAUGAAGAAGACACUGUUCCUGCGUGCGAUGUGACGACGUUCAGUUGUUAUUAAAUGGAUUUUCGUUCUUAUUCUUGAUUAAGUGAUUGCAAUCACUAAGAUUUUGCGCGAACUAUCGUUAUAAUAGGCGAAAUCCGUUUUAAAGACAUCCCAAAUGGCUUUAAAUUAGAUAGAAAAAGAAUACUUAGUAGAGGCUAACGUAAACAACGUCUUACGCAAUUGGGCUUUAACGCACUGUAAAAUAACAGUUUCACCUUUUAAAAUAGAAAUAUGGAAGAGUCCAAAGAGAAAGCUUUGAGUCUGAAGUCUGGUGUUACAACAGUCGCUGUCAGGAAUCCUGUGGAAGAGAUUAAGAGACCGAAGAGGAAGAUUCUCGAUGAAGAUCAAUAUAUUGAGAGUUUGGAGAAGAUCAUCCAGAGGGACUUUUUCCCAGAUGUCUCCAAACUUCAAGCGCAGAAGGAUUAUCUGGAGGCGGAGGAGAAUGGAGAUCUGGAGCGGAUGAGAGAAAUAGCCAUAAAAUACGGGUCUGCAAUGGCUAAAUACACCCCACGCACCUAUGUGCCCCAAGUGACGCCUUCAACAUUUGAGACCCCAGAUGGCCGAAAUGCAUCUCCCUCGUCCACACGGAGCAAACACAGAGCAGCGAAAGAGGAUGGAAAAGAUGGUGAAAAAGCAGGGGAAAAGGACCUUCCGUCCCUGGACCGCUUUCUGGCUAAAAACACGAGUGAGGACAACGAAUCCUUUGAGCAGAUAAUGGAGCUUGCGGAGGACAAGAAUAAGUUGAGGCAUGCGUGGCUCUAUGAGGCAGAGAAUGAGUUCAGAGAGAGGCACGAGCAGAACCUUGCUCUACCAUCCUCAGAGAAGCAGGCGCUUGAGUGCACCAAGGCAGGAUUGGAAACAUGGCAGUACAAGGCCAAAAAUGCUCUCAUGUACUAUCCUGAAGGUGAAAGAGACGACACGCUGUUCAAGAAACCACGGGAGGUCCUGUACAAGAACACACGGUUUGAUAUCGACCCCUUCUCUAAAGCCCUGAACAAAUCCCAAAUCCAGCAAGCUGCUGCACUCAAUGCACAGUUUAAACAAGGCAAGGUUGGUCCGGAUGGCAAAGAUCUCCUGGCUCAUGAAUCCCCCAAAGUAAAUGGUUACGGAUUUGAGGGAGAACCGUCCCCUGCUCCUGGUGUUGCAGAGUCUCCUCUGAUGACGUGGGGUGAGAUCGAAAGCACCCCGUUUCGUCUGGACGGCUCAGAAACACCCCUUGUGGAGAGAAGUCACGGCCCAUCCUUCAAGAUUCCAGAGCCUGGGAGAAGAGAGCGUUUGGGACUGAAAAUGGCCAAUGAGGCUGCAGCAAAAAACAGAGCUAAGAAACAGGAGGCGCUGCGGAAAGUCACUGAAAACCUCGCAAGCCUCACUCCGAAGGGACUGAGCCCCGCAGCGCUGUCUCCCGCCCUUCAGCGUCUAGUAAACAGAUCGUCCAGUAAAUACACAGAUAAAGCCCUGAGGGCGAGCUACACCCCAUCACCUGCGCACAGAAGCCUCGGCUCGAAGACUCCUCUCGGAGGCCUGGCCACUCCCUCCAGCACACCGACACCCGGGAAAGCCAUAACACCGGCCACCCAGGACCCGGCCUCCAUUACAGACAACCUCCUACAGCUGCCCAAACGGAGGAAAGCCGCAGAUUACUUCUGAAACUAAAGACUGAAACAUGGGCAGGGUCAAAUAUUUAUUCUUUUUUUUUAAUUACUUAUGUUUUAAAAAACUGUGAAUCUGAAUUAAUCAUCAGCAUUUCAGAUUUUCAUUUUUUGGACUUCUAAAAAAAUGUCUGCAACUUAAAACAUGUACAGUUUGUAAGAUUUUUGUUUUAUAUUUUUAAUUUAGCUAGCAUAUGUUUUCGGCAUCAUCCACAUCAAGUGAUUCAUGUGUAAAUCGGACUUUCAUUUGAUCCACUAGUACUCCAGAACUUUACUACUCUUGAUUUGUUUUGAACAAAGUUGAUUGAGUGCUCCUGAAUUUCAAGAUUUCAGGGGCACAAUAAAGAGUUCUACAGA